AUGGAGGAAGAAAAGUCAAAGGCAGCAAAAACACUGCCAGCUCAGCUGACUAGCAUAAUGAUUGCUAACGCAUUGGAUUCGCCAGCAGCCCACACUUCUUUUGGGAAAUUGCCAUUAGCCGAUGAAAAAUCAGCUCCUGUUUUCAGUUUUGGUACCGGAACCCGUGAUCAGUUACAGAAAGUUUUUUAUUCUGAAGAGCUCAACGGUCAACCUUGCAAGAAUGGCCCAGGUCCGAAAUAUGAAGUUAAAGACAACGUCAAUUUUAAAACUUUACCUAAUUUUUCAUUUGGCAAAGAUAAAAGAGUUACUUUAGGAAAAUCCCAGCAUUAUUAUCAUUAUGAUAUCCAGGAUACAUUUACUGACCCAAUUAAAUCAAAAAUAUAUACUAAAACCUCUUAUGGCAAUACAAAAUUUGGGACUGAGUCAAGGAUGCCUCCUCCAGAAAUUCAAGGAACUCCUGGACCACAGUAUUAUCCUCCCCUAAGACCAGAAGUAAAAACUGCUCCAAAAUACACCCUAGGUGCAAGAAGAGUAAAUCCUAAUGGCUCAGUUUUGCAAAAUCAAGUUUCGACACCUGGCAUUGUAGGGCCAGGAAGAUAUGCGCCUGAAAGCUCUUCAUAUACGAGUGUUCAUAAAGAUCCUCCUACAUGGACAUUUGGAAAUUCAGAAAAAAUAGGAAAAACUGCGAAGUCAGUCACGAGGCAUCAAACUUAUGAUACUCAUAGUGUAGCUUGUGGUCCUCAAAUUUCAUCGAAAAAGAAGAGCGCCCCAAAUCCCAAGAUUGGAACUGCAUCUCGAGACCAAGUAGCAAAACUUGGAACUUUCAAAGAUAUGAUGGCCACGCAGCCUAUGAAGGUUCGCCUUCCUCAUCCAUCAUUUUAA